AUGGCUCUUCACCACCUAUGGAUCUUGCUCCUUUGCCUACAAACCUGUCGGCUUGGGAAGCCAAAAAUUACUCAGAGUUUAAUGACAUCUGUGAAUAGCACCUGCAAUGUCACACUGACAUGCUCUGUGGAGAAAGAAGAAAAGAAUGUGACAUACAGUUGGAGUCCACUGGGGGAAGAAGGCAAUGUCCUUCGAAUCUUCCAGACCCCUGACAACCAAGAGCUGACUUACACGUGUACAGCAUGGAACCCUGUCAGCAACAAUUCUGACUCCAUCUCUGCCCAGCAGCUCUGUGCAGACAUCGCAAUGGGCCUUCAUACUCGCCACACUGGGCUUCUGAGUGGGCUGGCUGUGCUCUCUCUGCUUGUAAUCAUUCUACCUUCAGUGAUUUUGUUCCUUUUGCACAAAAGAGGACAAGAUGCUGCCUCAAAAAAAACAAUAUACACAUACAUCACAGUUCCAAGAGACACCCAGACUGCAGAGCCCAGGAUCUAUGAUGAAAUCCCCCAGUCCAAGGUGCUCCCCACCAAGGAGGAGCCAGUGAACAUGAUUUAUUCCAUAGUGCAGUACUCUGAUAAGAUGGGGAAAACCAACACUCAGGACAGCAAACCUCCUGGGACUUCAAGCUAUGAAAUCGUGAUCUAG